CGAGCUGGGCCCGGCGGCCGAGCGGGAGCCAUGGCGGCCUCGGAGGCGGCGGCGGCGGCGGCGGGGUCCGCGGCUCUGGCGGCGGGUGCCCGGGCCGUCCCGGCGGCCACGAGAGUAGCCGCCGCCGCCGCCUCGGGCCCGUGGGUGCCCCCGGGACCCCGACUGAGGGGCAGCCGGCCGCGGCCCGCGGUCGCCGCGCCGCCGGCGGGGGAGCUGAUCCAGCCGUCGGUGAGCGAGCUGUCCCGGGCCGUGCGGACCAACAUCCUGUGCACCGUGCGCGGCUGCGGCAAGAUCCUGCCCAACAGCCCCGCGCUCAACAUGCACCUGGUCAAGAGCCACCGCCUGCAGGAUGGCAUAGUCAAUCCAACAAUAAGAAAAGAUUUGAAAACUGGACCGAAAUUCUACUGCUGUCCAAUCGAAGGCUGCCCCAGAGGCCCUGAGAGACCAUUUUCUCAGUUUUCUCUCGUAAAACAGCACUUUAUGAAAAUGCAUGCUGAGAAGAAGCACAAAUGUAGUAAGUGCAGCAAUUCGUACGGCACAGAAUGGGACCUGAAAAGACACGCAGAGGACUGUGGCAAGACCUUCCGGUGCACGUGCGGCUGUCCCUACGCCAGCAGAACGGCAUUGCAGUCUCACAUCUACCGAACUGGCCACGAGAUCCCUGCGGAACACAGGGACCCACCUAGUAAGAAAAGGAAAAUGGAAAACUAUGCACAAAACCAGAAGUUAUCCAACAAGACCAUUGAAUCAUUGAACAACCAACCAAUCCCUAGACCAGACACUCAAGAACUAGAAGCUUCAGAAAUAAAGCUAGAACCAUCUUUUGAAGACUCUUGUGGCUCUAACACUGACAAGCAGACUCUUACAACACCACCGAGAUAUCCUCAGAAGUUGCUUUUACCAAAGCCCAAAGUGGCUUUGGUUAAACUACCCGUGAUGCAGUUUUCUCUCAUGCCUGUCUUUGUGCCUACAGCCGACUCCUCAGCCCAGCCUGUGGUGUUAGGUGUUGAUCAGGGCUCUGCCACAGGGGCUGUGCACUUACUGCCCUUGUCAGUAGGAACCCUGAUCCUCGGCCUAGAUUCAGAGGCUUGCUCUCUUAAGGAGAGCCUACCUCUUUUCAAAAUUGCUAAUCCUAUUGCUGGUGAGCCAAUAAGUACUGGCGUUCAAGUGAACUUCGGUAAAAGUCCAUCUAAUCCUUUACAAGAACUAGGGAACACGUGUCAAAAGAACAGCAUUUCUUCAAUCAACGUGCAGACAGAUCUGUCUUAUGCCUCACAAAACUUUAUACCUUCUGCACAGUGGGCCACUGCUGAUUCCUCUGUGUCGUCUUGUUCUCAAACUGAUUUGUCGUUUGAUUCUCAAGUGUCUCUUCCCAUUAGUGUUCACACUCAGACAUUUUUGCCCAGCUCUAAGGUAACUUCAUCUAUAGCUGCUCAGACUGAUGCAUUUAUGGACACCUGUUUCCAAUCAGUUGGGGUCUCCAGAGAAACUCAAACCAGUGGGAUAGAAAGCCCAACGGAUGACCAUGUACAGAUGGACCAAGCUGGAAUGUGUGGAGACAUUUUUGAGAGUGUUCAUUCAUCAUAUAAUGUUGCUACAGGUAACAUUAUAAGCAACAGUUUAGUAGCAGAGACAGUAACUCAUAGUUUGUUACCUCAGAAUGAGCCUAAGACUUUAAAUCAAGAUAUUGAGAAAUCUGCACCAAUUAUAAACUUCAGUGCACAGAAUAGUAUGCUUCCUUCACAGAACAUGACAGAUAAUCAGACCCAAACCAUAGAUUUAUUAAGUGAUUUGGAAAACAUCUUGUCAAGUAAUCUGCCUGCUCAGACAUUGGAUCAUCGUAGUCUUUUGUCUGACACAAAUCCUGGACCUGACACCCAGCUCCCAUCUGGCCCAGCCCAGAACCCUGGAAUCGAUUUUGAUAUCGAAGAGUUCUUUUCGGCCUCAAAUAUCCAGACUCAAACUGAAGAGAGUGAACUUAGCACCAUGAACACCGAGCCAGUCUUGGAGUCACUAGACAUAGAGACUCAAACGGACUUCUUACUCGCAGAUACCUCUGCUCAGUCCUAUGGGUGUAGGGGAAAUUCUAACUUCUUAGGCCUUGAGAUGUUUGACACACAGACACAGACAGACUUAAACUUUUUCUUAGACAGUAGCCCCCAUCUGCCUCUGGGAAGUAUUCUGAAACACUCCAGCUUUUCCAUGAGUACUGAUUCAUCUGACACAGAGACCCAAACUGAAGGAAUCUCCACUGCUAAAAAUACACCUGCUCUUGAAAGCAAAGUUCAAUUGAACAGUACAGAAACACAGACCAUGAGUUCUGGGUUUGAAACCCUGGGGAGCUUGUUCUUCACCAGCAACGAAACUCAGACAGCAAUGGAUGACUUUCUUCUGGCUGAUCUGGCCUGGAACACGAUGGAGUCUCAGUUCAGCUCUGUAGAAACCCAGACUUCUGCGGAACCACACACAGUCUCCAACUUCUAAAACUAACAGUGGAGUCCGUGUGUGAGACGGCAUCUACCAUUUCCUCUGGAUUAAAACUACAGACUGGGGACAACAGUAUUAAUUCGAUUGAAUGUGGCUGAUGAUGCAGUUGCUUAGCUUCUUUGUGGGUCUCUGCCUUUUGUACUUAUAAACAGAAAUUUGUGUAUAAAUGUGAGUGUAUUAUAAAGUUUGAGAUGUUGAUCUAAA